AUGCUGCGUCAAAAAAUAACCCAUAAAAUUAGAAAAGUUGUCGUUCCAGGUAUUUCUUUAUUAGUAUUCUUCCAGGGAUGUCUAAUUCUUCUGUUUCUUCAAAUCACCUAUAAAACUCUCUAUUGUAAAAAUAGAGUGAAGAAACAAAUUGGUCUUAAUAAAACCAAAAGGCUAUUCAUUGUCUUGGUAUCAUCCAUUUUGCAUGUGGUCGCACCAUCUGCUGUGAGAAUCACCACUGAAAACUCCAGUGUUCCCAAAGGCACUUUUUUCAAGGACUUAAAGAAAGAUAGAAUUUUCUCUCAUUUAAAAUCCAAUUCUGUGGCUAUUUGUAAUCACCAAAUAUAUACGGAUUGGAUAUUUCUAUGGUGGCUAGCCUAUACAUCGGACUUCGGGGCCAAUGUAUUCAUCAUCCUGAAAAAGUCAUUAGCAUCUAUCCCUAUUCUUGGUUUCGGUAUGAGAAACUAUAAUUUCAUUUUUAUGAGUAGGAAAUGGGCUCAAGAUAAAAUAACCCUAAGCAAUAGCCUUGCUGGACUUGACUCGAAUGCAAGGGGCAUCGGGUCACUUGCCGGGAAGUCCCCUGAACGUAUAAAUGAGGAAGGUGAGAGUAUAUGGAAUCCAGAGAUUACUGACCCAGAACAAAUUCAUUGGCCGUACAAUCUAAUCCUGUUCCCUGAAGGUACAAACCUCAGUGCCGACACCCGACAAAAGAGUGCCAAAUACGCUGCUAAAGUAGGAAAAAAAGCUUUUAAGAAUAUACUAUUGCCUCAUUCUACGGGCUUGAGAUUUUCGCUACAAAAGCUGAAGCCAAGCAUUGGAAAUCUUUAUGACAUCACAAUUGGCUACUCAGGUGUCAAACAAAAAGAAUAUGGUGAACAAAUAUAUGGAUUGAAGAGUAUAUUUUUAGAAGGAAAAUACCCCAAAUUAGUUGAUAUUCAUAUCAGAGCUUUUAAUGUCAAAGAUAUUCCCUUAGAAGAUGAGAAUGAAUUUUCGGAAUGGCUGUAUAACAUUUGGAGUGAUAAAGAUGCUUUGAUGGAAAAAUACUAUUCCACGGGAUCAUUCGUAAGUGAUGUUGAAACAAAUCAUUCUGUUACCGAUAGUUUUAAGAUUAACCGUAUUGAAUUAAUCGAGGUUUUAAUAUUACCAGCUUUGACGAUAAUCUGGCUGGCUUAUAAAAUCUUUUCUUUUUUUUCAUAUUAA